AUGAAAUUUCAAGUUCGUUGUUUUAAUAUUAUCUUAUUGGUUCUAUUAUUAAUUUUAAUCUAUUUUUUCUUCUAUCAUUUGCGAUAUAUUGAUGAUGAUGGGGAACCUAUUGGUACAGUUUAUAUUACAGAAACUCGUGGUCGACUUGAUAAAUCUAUUUUAACUGAUUAUGUUAAAGACAAAGAAGACGAAUAUUUUUCAGCAGCAAAUAUAAGUGUACCUAUUCUUGUCUGGUGGACACCAUUUACAUAUGACACAGGCUCGUAUACACGGUGUAAUAAUAAUAACCAAGCACGAUGUUUUAUAUCCAAUAUACGAAAAUAUCGUGAUAAUAAACAAUUUUCUGCAUUUCUUUUCUAUGGUACUAGUUUUCGUUUAUAUGAUUUACCGUUGCCACGUCAUGACCAUGAACAAUGGUCAUUGAUUCAUGAAGAAUCACCAAAAAAUAAUUAUGCAUUUUCAUUUGAAUCUAUAAUGAAUAUGUUUAAUCAUACAGCAACAUUUAAACGUCACUCCGAUCUACCUUUAACAACUCAGUGGUUAGCAUCCAUUGAUGAUUUAUUAGAUCAAACAUAUCUAAUUGAUGUUAAAGAAAAAACACAAUUACAAACGACUGAAAAUUUAGCACCAAUCAUCUAUAUCCAAUCGGAUUGUAGUACACCAUCGGAUCGGGAUUUAUAUGUUAAAGAAUUAAUGAAAUAUAUUCAAGUUGAUUCCUAUGGAGGUUGUUUACAUAAUAAAGAUUUACCAGAGAAUUUAAGAAAUCCAGUUGAAACUAUGGAACACGAUGAAAUAUUAAAACUUGUUAGUAAAUAUAAAUUUACAUUGGCCUUUGAAAAUGCGAUAUGUACUGAUUAUAUAACUGAAAAAUUCUGGCGUCCAUUAAAAGUUGGUACUGUACCAAUAGUCUAUGGAUCAGAUCAAUUUCAAGAUUUUCUUCCUGAUAAUCAUUCAGCAAUAUCAAUGCUUGAUUUUACGACACCUGAACUGUUAGCUCGUUUUAUACAUGAAUUAAAUGUCAACGAUACUAUGUAUGAUUCCUAUCGUCAUUUUAAACUGUAUCAAAUCAUUUCAAAUGAUACACUCUUGGCACGAACAAUGUCUGAACGUAAAUGGGGUAUACAUAAUGAUCGUGUUCGCGGCAAUUUUAUUCAUCAAUUUGAAUGUCUUGUAUGUGAACGUAUACAUAAAACACGACAGGACCCAACAAUAAAGUAUCAAGCUAAAUUUGAUGAUUAUGGAUGUCCACCACCAACAACAUUUGAUAAAAAUGGUGAAAAAUUGGAACGUUCAGGAAAUUGGUAUCGUAGUUAUGAAUUUACUCGAUGUCAAUUGGAAGUAUUUCACGAAUUAUUGGAUCAAAAAAAUUAUAGUUUUACAGAGAAAGAUAUAAACAAUGCAGCAACGAAAAGAUUUGCACCAUCGUUUCGAAGAAAUGAAUUUUUACGAUAA